UUAUGGAGAUAAUGGCAUAAUUUAGACAUAAACAAACAUUCCAAUGAAAUAGCCCAAUCACCUUUGCACCCAAAACACUGAAAUAGGCCUACCUUUAGAUGACAAUGCAGACGCCAAACAAAGAGGAGGUGAAAGCCGAUUUUGGACCGAUUCACCAUGGACCAGCAUACAGCCUUGGAGCUCUUAGUUCAGUGAAUGAUAAUGUUGAUGGAACAAAUAAUGUUGUGCAGCAGGACUGUACAAGACCGGAGGAGUUUUAUUAUUACCAUGAAGAAGACGAGUAUGAUGAAGAUGAGGAUGAUAUUGAGGAUGAUGAGGACAACGAGGAUGAGGACAUAGAUUACAAAUAUAGGCAAUAUCAGGUGUGGCAGCCAAAAAAAAGGGGAGAAAAGUUUGGGCAGUUGAGAGAGAUUACUGGAGAGGAAUAUGUAAAAGAGGUUACCCAUGCCGGGAGAGGUGUCAGAGUUGUUCUUUUCUUGUACCGGCCAUGUAUCCCAUUGUGCUUCCUCAUGAACCAUCAUUUCUACAAUCUUGCUCCAAAAUUCCCUCGUACUAAGUUUCUCAGAAUGCUUGACAGCAGCUGCAUCCCAAACUACCCAGAGAAAUACCUCCCUACGGUGUUUAUCUACGAAAAUGGCUGUCUAAGGAACCGAAUGAUGGGAGAGAAAGAAUGUGGAGGAAAAUAUGUUCUUGAGGAAGAAUUGAAAUGGCUUCUACGUUUUGUCGGUGCCAUAAACUGAGACCAGCUUUUCAUUUUCAUUUGUUUCGUAAUAUUAAAUAUUUAGUAGCCUAUAAAGUGCAUUAUAUGUAAACAAAAAUAAAGCACAGUGUUUUUGUGACAUUGUGAUAAGCUA